AUGCAUCUAGAACAUUCUCUGCGAAGGCACGUGACUGACGUGGUCUCUGCCGUGAUCCGGUCGCGGUGCCGCAGCAGUCGCAAGACUGUCGGGACAGCGGCAAGUGGUGGCACGGUCCACCCGAAAUCACGACGGGCAGGAACGCGUGACGUCUUGCCGCGGCCACGACUUCCUACGGGCGCCCGGCCGGACGACAACAUGGCCACUUCGAAGGACGAAGACGAUUCUCCACCGGCGAAGAGACGGAGGACCGACGAAGGAGAUGCGUCCCAGGAGGCGCAAAACCAUAUCCAGUCGGGCCUACCCGAACAGAAACCAGUGGACAUCGAUGAGAGAAUCUACUCUAGACAGCUCUACGUUCUCGGGCGCGACGCCAUGGUGCGCCUGGCCCAAUCGGACGUUCUUAUUGUGGGCAUGGGAGGCUUGGGUGUCGAGAUCGCCAAGAACGUCGUCCUUGCCGGCGUCAAGUCUGUCACCAUCUACGACGAGCAAGUGUGCACCGGUGUGGACCUCUCGUCUCAGUACUUCCUCAGCGAAGAAGCUAUAGGCGAAAAUCGGGCAAUCAUGUGCGAGGCUCCACUGGCACAACUGAAUCAGCAUGUGCAGGUCAAGGCGCAUACAGAGCCACUGACCGAGGAUUUCGUGAGAAAAUUCACCGUGGUUGUCUUGACCGAGGUCCCGCUGGAGAAUCAAAAAGCCAUCGGCGAUUUCACCCACGAGAACAAUAUUCCUCUCAUCGUGGCUGAUACGAGGGGCGUGGCUGGGCAAAUAUUCUGUGACUUCGGCGAAAAAUUCCGCGUCCUUGACCCCAACGGAGAGCCUCCGAGGUCCAUUAUGAUCAAGUUGAUUAGCCAGAAGGAAGGAGUGGUCGCGCCCGUCCACAAGGAGCGGCAUGCUUUCGAAAACGGCGACUACGUCACCUUUUCAGAAGUCCGAGGCAUGACCGAGAUUAACGACUGUCCACCCAUGGAGGUCAACGUUUUGUGCCCACAUCGAUUCUCCGUGAAGCUUCCAGAGAAGUACGGUGAUCGAGGCAUAGGUGGUAUUGCGACCGAGGUUAAAAUUCCGAAAAAGAUCGAGUUUAAACCACUGAAUGAAUCCUUGCAGGACCCUGAGUUCGUCACCUGUAGCUCGAGGAACGCAGACCGCCACGCACAGCUGCACCUAGGUUUCCAGGCUCUGCACGCCUUUCAGGAGGCGCACCAUGGACUGCCGCGUCCGUGGGACGUCGACGACGCUACUGAGGUGGUGGAACUUGCGGAGAAGAAGAACGGCCUGCUCGCCAAGCCACUCAAAGAAGUUGACCGGGAAGUCAUCUCCCUGCUCUCUUGCACCUCAUCUGGCUCCCUGUGUCCCAUGCAGUCCGUCAUCGGCAGCAUCGCAGCGCAGGAAGUCAUCAAGGCGUGCAGCGGCAAGUUCACUCCGAUAUACCAGUGGUUCUACUUAGAUGCUUUCGAGUGCCUGCCACAGGACCAGUCCUCGACGUCUAGUUCGUCGUUGCCGCGACAAUCACGGUACUGCGCGCAGACCUCCGUGUUUGGCCACGAAGUGCAGCAGCAACUGCUUAGACAGAGAUUCUUUGUGGUCGGAGCUGAGGCCAUUGGGUGUGAACUUCUCAAGAACAUAGCCAUGAUGGGCGUCGGGGCAUUCGACGGUUGCAUCUACGUCACGGACUCGGACAAAGUACAGAGGUCCAACCUCAACAGGCAGUUCCUCUUUCGGGCCGAGGACGUCGGGCGUCCGAAGUCGGUUGCCGCUGCGGAGGCUGCUGUGCGGAUCAAUCCGGACCUGUGCAUUGUGCCUCACGAGCUGAAGGUCGGACCAGAAACGGAGAAGAUGUACGACGACCGGUUCUUCGAGUGCUUGAACGGCGUGGUCCUCGCGCUGGACGACGUCGAAGGGCGUCGGUACAUGGACCGCCGAUGCGUGCACUAUUGCAAGCCUAUGCUCGAUUCGGGCACCGAGGGCACCAAGGGCAGCGUCCAGGUGGUCAUCCCGUUACUGACCGAGACUUACUCUUGCUCCCAGGACCCAGCAGAGACGUCAGUGCCUGUCUGCACCGUCAAGUACUUUCCCACAAAAAUAGAGCACACUUUGGAGUGGGCCCGCGAUGAGUUCGAGGGUCUCUUCAAGACGAGUGCAGUGAAUGCUGUCAAAUACAUGAGUGACGCCCGGUUCCUGUUCGACGCACUGAAGAUUCUGCCAGUGGCAAAAAAGGUUGCCUUGCUGCAAGAUAUCAUGAAGAUUCUAGUGGAUGAACGGCCUAGAGUAUUCGACGAUUGUGUUCGAAUCGCCAGACUGCGCUUUCAGGAGCAGUACAACACUAACAUCAGGAAAAUUCUGCAGGUUCAUCCCGAGGAACAGCUCACCAUCAAGGGCGUUCCGUUCUGGUCGGCAAGCAAGCGUUGCCCCCACCCGAUCGAUUUCGACGCCAACAACAUUAGGGGGGGGGGUCUUUGUAGGCAACAGCAAAUGGCUCGUAUAUCUGUCUUACUGUGUUGUCAGCAUGAAGGGACUAUGCUAAAAGGGCUUCUAUCCGUGAAGCGGCCGCAUUCUCUUGCACCAGCGUUUUCUGCACUUAGGUCAGACCGGAUCCAAAAAUACAAGGAGCUCGUGUGUGAUCUGCUGGAGAAACUCCCGGCGCCAAAUGAUCUUCGUGACUUGACGCUUAAGGCCCUCGAGUUCGACGUGGACGACGAGCCCAACUUCCACGUGGAUUUCAUCGUGGCGGCAUCGAACCUGCGCGCCGCGAACUACAACAUCCAGCCGUCCGACAGGCUCAAGGGCAAACUGGUCGCGGGCAAGAUCGUCCCUGCCAUCGCCACGACCACAUCGCUCGUGGCGGGCCUGGCCUGUCUGGAAUUAUACAAGCUAGUUCAAGAACACAAAAGGCUGGAGCUUUACAAGAACAGCUUCGUGAACUUGGCGCUGCCUUUUGUUGGUUUCUCAGAACCUAUUCCAGCCUGCUUGGAAAAAGGUUUAUUUCGGAGCCAAGAGUUCUCGUUCUGGAACUGCGUCGAAAUCAACGGAGAGUUGACUCUUGCAGAGCUUCUGGAGUAUUUCCGGCUGCAGCUAAAUGUCGACGUUACGAACGUGUUGGAAGGCGACCGAACUUUAUACGAUGCUUAUGCGCCCCCGUCGAGGACUUUCAUGAAGCUCACCGUCAGAGAAGCUCUGGAGCGUGUGUCCAGGACCAAAAUCGACAGACAAACGCGGACCCUGGAGCUUCGAGUUAAAGGCAACGACAUCAACAGUGGAGAGGAAGUGCAGCUGCCCGAAGUGCGAUACGUACUGCCCAAGUGACCACGCAGCCACAUGCAUACCUUUGCGUAAUCAAAUGUAGGUAGAUGAAAGAGCAGCGCUGCUCCGGCCUUCCCUGAAGACGCGCACAGGAAGAAGUGGCGCGCCUUCGCAGCGGCAAUGA